AUGGCAAUAGGGCUGGCACAUGCUGGGUGCCUGAGGCAAGAAGUGAACAUCAGAACAAAUGAUAAUUCCAUACCAAUCAAUGAAUCAAGUGGAAAAUUAUGGAAUCAAGAUUAUUUUACUUUGACAUUUCCCAAACCACUCCAGCCAGGUAGAAAAAGGAGAUCAAGACCUUCAGGAUCACAAAUCUCAGUUUCUGGACAUGUCAAAAGAAAAUUAGAGGAAGUUCAGAAGCCAGCUCAUAUAAGGAUAAGGCAUUCCUUAAAAAAAUUUUUCCAAAGGCCAUCUGUUUACUUAACUGUCAGGAGACAGGCUCCAUUCAGAAAUCCUUAUACUCUUAAAGCCCAUCAUGAAAAUGGAGAACCUAAAAAGUCCAAAGAUGACAAAAAAGGAAGAACUUUGCAGAGAAAUUCCAAGAGAAACAAAGGCCCACAUGAAACAACUACAGAAUCUAAAACGGUAAAUGAUGAGAAACCUAAAAGACUAAAUCAAGCAGCUAAAACUCCAUCAAAAUCAUCAUGUAACAGUGAGCUAUCUAAGGAUUCAAAGUCCAAAUUAGAAAUAAAUCCAGAAUCCAUUGAUUUUAAGAUGGUCUCAAUGUAUCAAAAAAAAGGUAAGAGAGAUUCAAAGAAUUCCAAAGAGACAGAUAACAAAUUCACAUGUGCAAAGAAGGAUUCUAAAGACUCAAAGAACAAUUCUGAUGCCAAAGCACAUAUUUGUUCAAACAAUAGUUCAAGUAUGGGUUUCAGACUGUAUUUGGAGGAGUCUGGUGCUGAAUCCAUAAAAUGUGAUAUGUGGUUAAAGAAUGACUCUCAGAAUAAUUCAAAGAAGACUUCAAAGAAGGACACAAAAAAGGAUGCAAAGAAAAGCUCUGAUGCUGAAUCUGUAGACUCAAUGGAUGCAAAGAAAGGUUCAAAGAAGGCUAAGAAAGAUUCAAAGAAAAGUGACAAGAAAAAGGAUGCAAAAAAAGACACAGAGACGACUGAUGAAGAUUCAACAGAUUCAAAGGAUGCAAAGAAAGAUUCAAAGAAAAGUGACAAGAAAAAGAAGGAUGCAGUGUCUACCGAUGCUGAAAGUGAUUCUGAAUUGGAGACAAAGAAAUGGAAGAAAGAUGAAAAGAAGGAUAAGAAAGAUUCAAAAAAAGAGGACAAGAAAAAGGAUGCUAAGAAGGAUGUAAUGUCUACUGAUGCUGAUUCUGAAUCUGAAUGGUAUUCAAAAAAGGGUAAAAAAGAUGAAAAAAAGGAAAAGAGAAAUUCAAAGAAAGAUGACAAAAAUAAGUUUGCAAUGAAGUCUGAAGAGUCUACUGAAACUGAAUCUGAUUGGGAUAAAUAUCUGAAGGAUAAAUAUGAUUCAAAGAAGACUAAGAAAGAUUCAAAGAAAGAUGCACAAAAACAGGAUGCAAAGAAGGUCAUAGAGUCUACUGAUGCAGAAUCUGAUGAAUUUUCCAGGAAACACUCAAAGAAGCCUGAGACAUUCAAAAGUUCAGAUGCUGAAUCUGAAGAGUCAGUGUAUAAACUUGGGGCUAAAAAGAGACUUGCUAGCGAAUCAGAUGCUGCAUCUACAGAUUCAAAGAAGGAAAAACUGGAACUAAAGAGAGAAUCCAAAAUGUCAUUCAAAAAGACUACAUUCAAAGAAAAAGGGAAAAAAACAGAUACAGGUAGAGUCCCUCCAUCAAGAGAAAGACCACCACUACCUCCGUGUGAGCCUUUGCUACCAUCACCCAAGAUCAAACGUCUCUGUCAGAGCAAGAUGCCUGCUGCACCUCUAAAACCAAGAUAUGCUCCUUUGAAUCCAGAGUCUCUCAAGGCUCGUCUUUCCCUCCGAUUUUCCCCGACUCACUUCUCUCCAACUAUCAGUGGCCACAGUCGCCAAGCUGUGCAAAGAUGUCCUUCAACAGAUGAAUGA